AUGGUAUAUAACGUUAAACAUACAAGCAAAGCUAUUGGAACGCUCCAAAAGAUAGUCGAAGGCUUUGAGGACUACGCUGGGGAAUUUGCGAAGGUCAAUUUUGCGACUAAAGUGGAGAAGUGGAUAAAGACUAUUGUGGAAAAGGAACCGGUGAAGGGGUGGAUGCAGACUUAUUUUAAGCAAGAAUAUAAGACCUCUGAUUUCAAUAAAUUCUAUUCAGAUAGGACGGCAGAUUUCGCCGGUAUCUUUAGGCAAAAGCUGGACGAAGAUAUAAAAGUUGCUCAGGCAAAGAUCAAUGAGGACGGUAUUGAUACAUUUCUCAAGCAAUUCGAAGCAAAGCUUGUGUCGAAAAAACUCGAUGAGCUGGUCUCUGGGAUAGUCGAAGAAAUUGAGAAGGCUCCAAAAUUGAAGCUUUCCGAUCCGCCAUCGCCUUCUCCAUCUUCACUAUUGAACGCCGUAGUAAUAACGCUGGCAUCACUUUCUGCUACUGCCAGGCAAGUGUACGAGGAAUUUCACUCAUUCACCACAAACUCACAGAUUACCAACGUGACAAAGGCUAUGACCAAAAUCGGAGAAAUCGAAAAUGAGUUUGGUGACGGAUUGAAUAAUAAGGGGAAAUUUGGCGGGUUGAUCGACGCCGCAUUGGCAAACGUUGCCGCUCCUAUUGAAAAGCUUACCACAUUGCUAGACCAGAAUGAUAAGGAAGGUUCCAUUAAAUAUAAGCUUGGCGAUAAAGUUAACGGACUACAAAAAACCAUUACAGAGCUUGACGACAUUCGAAAUGAAAAAAGUACUAAAAACAACGAAGAUGGCAAAAUCGAGAAGCAAAGGAAUGAAGCGGCACGGCUCAUGGAUGAGUUGAAAGCAGAGAUUAAAGGGAGAAUACAAGAAGUCCAAGCAAAAGUGGAGGACGCCGACAAAGCUUUGAAGGAAGCCAUAAACACACUUGUAACCGACGUCAACAAGGCCUUCCAAAACCUAACAAACGAUGUACAAUUGUUUUAUGCACACUCCCACAAAGCCGACCUCCAAGCCCUCCGAGAGCUACUGCAGGAGCGGAAGAACGCAAUCGACUCCAUCAUCGACACCGACAAAAAGACGGGGCUCAAGGGCUUUUUGAGCAUCCUUUUAGACAAGCAUAAUGGAGGCCGAAAACUCCAUGACCUCAAAGGCCAUAAAAAUGUUGAAUCUCUCUCCCAAAUUAAAAGAUUAUCUUUACGAUAUUUUCCAAUAUGCUUCGCCAACCCCGCGUAUCCCGUGCUCGACGCUUUCCCCAAGAGCCUGGAGCGCUUCGUCGAGCAGCUGGAGAAGGGGUACGUGAACAGGUAUGAGGGGCACGAGGACAAAAUAGAUUUCGAAAAGUUAGUUGAGGGAGAGAAAUUGUCUGAGCAAGGCACAAAUUUGUCUAAAAUCUGUGUCACUUUAAUGGAGGGGCUGCAAAAAUAUAUCACUGAUUUGAAAAGAGAAUGUAAUAGUGGUGGCAAGUGGUCAAACAAUACAAUCAAUUCAGCUAGUGAACUCGGGCAGUGGUUCCAGCGUCGUGGAUUCAGGGUGUCCAAGUCCGACAAGGAAGAAGGGGAAUUAAGGAAUAAUGAAAAGUUCAAGGGUAAGAACAUUCUCCCUCUGCUUUGCGGUGGGAAAGUAAACAAAUAUGUCUUCGUAGUUAAUCAUUUAAAUGAUGAAGAAUACAGCCCACUUACCAAACUUCGCGAUCUUUUCCGAACGUAUUACCGAGUAUGCCAGCAUAUUCAUAUUCCAUCUCCCAAAGCCCCUUCAAAUAUCUACCAAAUGCUUGAAUGGCUUAGUGGCCUGCGGUAUAAUCCCAUGUAUGAGACGCUGCAGGGGCAUUUCACAAAAAUAUUCACUGCCCUACAGAAACAGUAUAACUUGCCGAGCGCCGAAUUACCAGCCGCGCUGCAUCCCAGAAUGAGCGACACAAUUCAAUCACCUCUAAAGCCUAGCCACCUAAUAGAUGCACUUGGCAGAUCGUGUGCCUACGCCCAAGACUCUCUAAUCGCAAUCCUCGGUCACGGCCACGAAGGUGGCCGGUACGCCGUCGAGUUUAAUACUAAUACAGAUAACUUAGAUUAUCCAAGCAGCCCAGCUAAAUGCUUUGACUUACUGUUAGAAAUAUCAUCUAGGGUAUAUAAUCAAAUGCGUUUCCUAUAUAGCCAGUGUCAGAACGGUCCUAGUCGUGGUGGCUGGGCGGACUGCUGGUACGGCAGGGGAGUCGCCGGUUCAUCGUGGAACUGCAACACCCUGCAAUGUCCAGACCAACCAUACAACCAAAUAGGUGAACAAAAGCAUAACCAAAAGUGCGACCAAAACUGUGACCAAAGUGUUAAGUGUGGACUCAAAUCGCCACUCCAGUCGUUCCUCGAAGACGGUUUGCAAGGUUUCCUUCCACAUACCCUUACCAAGCUUGGAUGCGGAGCGGAAUGCUCUGUUGGUAAGCACAGGGGUUUACCAUGUAAAACGCCUAUGGGUUUCGGGGAUAUCAGUGUUGCAGCUUCACACAUGAAGAACGGAACGCAUCUCAAGAACGCUCUUCACAGUUUCUGUGGUCAAGAAAAAUCUCACCUCACUAAGUUCUGCGGUAUAGUAAAUUGCCUCAUGCAACGUCCACCUCAAACCCUGGGAGACAUGUUUGCGUUCUACUAUGGCUACCUUGAGAACUGGGAAGGAGGUGACAAAGGAAAAGACACCCUUAGUAAGAAGCAUAAACAUGACGCAUUUGAAAAGGCCGUUAGCGAAGCAUAUUUCGGUCAGCCGUAUUCCAUCGAUCUUAGCCCACUGUUUGGUAGCAGUAAGCACAGCCACACCAGUACAACCCAUACCAAAGGUGACAUGUUAAGCAUAGUUAAUUGCGCGUAUAGUUUGGAAGAUACAUGCGGCGUCUUCAUCAGUUCACUAAGCUUCUACAUUUAUAACAUAUACAGUGAAAGUUUUAGAAGCUUCUACCUCUCAUGUGUCGUGUAUAUUACCGAAGCGUUCUACAACAUGCUAUGUCAGUUGCGUGACGAAUGCUGUACCAACUGCACAUCACCAGCAUCUAAAUGCAACGGCAAUGUCUGUGCUAACGAGUGUAAGUUAACUGUACCGGAGCCAAAUUAUAAGGACCAUAACCACCAUAAGGAUUGCAAAUCCAUCGCUCAGUGUCCCCUCACAUUGCCAACCUUGACCAAAUACGGUUUUAUGUUCUCUAGUCCGCACAAGCUCAGCGGUGAAGAUAAGAGAGUGGAGCAACACAAAAGAACGUGCAAAGACUUCUGUAGCGCAUUGAAAAACAUUCUCAACGACAAAGAAACGGACGAAUAUGUGCUUGCCAAAUUCGUAUUUAAAACAAUUCCAGAAUUCUUAUUCAAAAUUCGUGAACCUUUCAUCUGGACUCUAGUAGCCCUCUGGUCCCUCUCUUUGCUCUACCUGCUGCACAUCGCCGUCGUCCGCCUCGACGUCCUGAGGAUACGCUCCCACUUAAAAUCACCCUCAAGCCACCGCAUCGCCGCACAGUCCCUCCUCGCCGCCGCACGCGUCAAGGCACUCGCCAACGUCAAGUACUUCUCACCAUAA